ACCUGAAAGGCGCGCAGACCAUCCUCGACGGCCUCAACUUCGCGGAGAUAUUCACCAAUAGUCGACGUCUCCGCGCGCAGCUGGCUAUCCUGCUAUGGUGAGUCCUCCCGGAGCCUCUCGGGUACAGUCCGAAGAUAUAUUGAUUGGAAACAGGUGGGACACCACGAUCGCCUUCAUCUCUCGCGAGAUGCCCACCAUGCCCGAGACCUAUGUCGAUGCCCUCAUGGUCGACGACGGUAUGGAUGAACGCACCUUCUUCGCGCUCAACGGCUGUCCCUACGCAUUCAUGAAAGCUAUGCGACAGUUCGCAAAGGCUGCCGCAGUGUUCAAACAAACACCACUAGCGCACGAUUCGCUGGACAUGCAGCAAGUCGACGAACUGGUGGCGUACUUGAAGGGAUGGGCGAAUGAAUACACCACGUCACUUGAGGAAGUCGAAGCCAGUGAUGAAGAUCCGGAGGACAGAAUAGACCGCUUUCACACAGUGGAAGCAUGGCGAUGCUCGGUUCUCCUUUACUCGCGGAGGGUAUUUCGUUCCCAUCAGGACGCAGCUGGCUUAAGAGUAAUACAACAUCUCUCCAGGACGGUCCUCGACCACAUCCGAUGUAUUCGGGUGACGCAAAUGAUGCAAAAGCAGGUCCUUCUGCCCGUCUUUUUGGCAGCGGUGGAAACUGCGGACGAAGACAGCCGUUGCUUUGUUCGCCGGUAUUGCAAGCAUUGGUCAACAACGGCAAGAUAUUCGCAAUUCGAGACAGCUCUGACUUUGAUUGAGAACAUCUGGGUCUCCUACGAGGUCAAUGACCGGGCUGACUACUGGUGGGGUUGUGAGGUCGGCUCUCACACGUGGUCAGGGGAGCAUGAUGGCGGCCCUGGACUUGAACAGGAGCUGCUGCUCGGCUGAAGAGAUGAUCGAGAUGGUCCAAGUGAGCAUACCAGUGCUCAAACAAGCACGACGCUCCGUUCGUAUAAGCCGACGAGAUACUGAGCAUCUCGACUUCGGUCCCGGGCCUGACGACUUCGAGGAGUUUAG